GCAGGUUGUCAAAAAACCGAAAACAAAGAUCAAAUUAAAAGGCCAUGGCACGCCCCCGGUUACCGUGAUCCUCACCUCCUUCCCUACCUUCGUUGUACAUACUUUUUCUUUUUCGGUGUAGAAGUGGGUGCUGGUCUCAAGAUGAAGUCCCUCACCUUCUUCACCCUCCGCCUCCUCCACAUCGCGCUCCUCGUCGCGUGUUUAGCUUUCGCCGUUGAGGCAGCCCGCGGCGGCGGCGGCGGUGGGUCCUCCUCCGGCGGCGACAGCACCGGCUCCGGGAGUGGAUACCGCCCCACCACCUCCAACACCGACGACGACGGCACAUCCUCCUCUUCUGGCAGCCACAACUCCAACUCCAACUCCAACUCCAACUCCAACUCCAACUCGGGGUCAUCAACAAACAGCUACUUCGGCAGCGGCAACGCAGGCGGCUACCGCUACCGCUACCUCAAUGGCAACAGCAACAACAACAACAACAACCGCGCCCCGUUCGACACCGAACAAGCGAUGAAGUACCGCACCAUCCACGGGAUCCUCGCCUCGCUGGCGAUGGUAGUCUUGUUUCCUACUGGAUCGAUCCUCCUCCGAGUCUUGCCAGGGAAGUGGGGAUUUUGGGUGCAUGUCAUCUUCCAGGUGUUUGCCACAAUCAUCUAUGUUGGCGGUGCUGCGCUGGGGGUUUAUCUCGUCAAGAUUAUCAGGAUCCCGUCCGGGUCUCUGCUGUCAAGCACAUCGACAAACUACCACCCUAUCCUUGGUCUUGUCCUUCUCGUCCUCUUCCUCAUCCAGCCCUUCCUCGGCGUGGUGCACCACCUCAAGUUCCGCAAGGUGCAAAAGCGCCAGAUCUGGUCCCAGCUCCACCUGGCCAACGGCCGGGGCAGCAUCAUCAUCGGCAUCAUCACCGGUGGCUUGGGUCUGCAUCUAUCUCAAGCCACAAACCAGAAAAAGACUGUGUACGCCGCUGUGGCAGGUGUUAUUGGCGCCAUCUGGAUUGGUGUCUCCGUUUGGGCUGAGCUGAAGCGGAAGAAGAAGCUGACUGAUACCGAGAAGGCCAAGGAGGGGGAAGAUGAGAGUAUGGUCAGAAGGAAAAGCGGUGACGAGGUCAAGACGGGGCUUACGGCUUGGGAUAUUAUGAAGUGAUGGAUCGGUAGACUGUUAUAAUGAUUUAUGAAAUGCAAGAACGACUGCUUAAUGUUUACCAUUUUCUUC